CUCUUAUCAUGAACUUUGCUUAAACAUAAAUACAUUCAAUAUCCGUCCAAAAAUGUGAAACGACAGUGAUUGCCGAGACAACAUAGCGUUAAAGUCCUCACUUAGCUCCAGCUCCAGAAGCAGCUCUGCAGCCUCUGCCUUAACCACCUUUCACCCAGUCCUUAUUCUUUCCUCUGCGGACCAUCACUGAUGUUGGGCUCAACGUGUCGCUGUCGGCCAGUAAAUGGCACAAAAGGCGCAGCCUAUUAAAAGGUUUGCAUAUAUCUAACAUUCAGUAAGAACAUCUCGCAAAUUCUCAGUUUUUUAACGAUACUCGGCAGUCCAGAGGACGUUCGGAGAGCAAACGGGUCAAGUUGACAUACUGAACGUUUGUUGAACAUGGCAUUGACGAUGAAGACUCCGGGAUAUGUGUACCGUUUAACGUUUUUCUUUGUAUUUUGGACGACAUGGAGAAAGGCUUUGUCCGUCACUCGUUACUCUAUACCGGAGGAGAUGGAGAGGGGAUCCGUCGUUGCCAAUCUAGCCGCAGAUUUGGGAUUAGACAUAAGUGGCCUGGCUCAGCGAGAGGUAAAGUUAGACAUAUUUCACAACAAAAAAUAUUUAGAAGUAAACAAAAGAACUGGGGAACUGUAUAUUAUAGAUAAAAUAGACAGAGAAGACAUAUGUCAAGCUAAAACAAAGUGUUUUGUUAAAUUGGAUCUCAUAAUCGAAAGCCCUUUACGUAUAUUCAACAUUGAACUGGGCAUCACUGAUAUAAACGAUAACGCACCGCAUUUUCGAAGAGAAAGGAUUGAAAUGGAUGUGUCGGAGUCUGCCUCACCAGAAGAGAGAUUCUCUUUACCCAGUGCUUUUGACCCGGAUGUAGGUAUUAACACGGUUGACUCUUACAGACUUAGCAAUAGUGACCAUUUCACUAUAGAUAUUCACUCUGGUAGUGAUGGAACAAAAUAUGUCGACUUGGUCCUGAUGAAGGCACUGGACAGAGAGGAACAGGCUGUCCAUAAUCUCAUUCUCACUGCCGUCGAUGGCGGAGUACCUGCACGCUCCGGAACUGCUAAUAUUAUUGUUCGCGUGCUGGAUACCAACGACAACGCGCCUCAGUUUGACCGCACAGUUUACUCUGUAAACAUGAGUGAGAAUUCGCCGAUUGGAACCCUUGUCACUAAACUAAACGCAUCUGAUGUGGACGAAGGCUCAAAUGCGGAAAUAACAUAUUCAUUUACGCUUUAUACGUCUGAGAAGACGCAAGAGGUAUUCGAUUUGAAUUCAAAAACUGGUGAGAUAACUGUUAAAGGCACAGUAGACUUUGAAGAUAUGAAAAUAUUUGAAAUGCAUAUCGAGGCGAAAGACAACGGCCCCAUUCCGCUGUCCGGUCAGUGUAGAAUAACACUACACAUAAUGGACAUGAAUGAUAACUAUCCGGAGAUAACGAUAAAAUCACUGAAGAAUACUGUAAAAGAGGACAUCCCCGUCGGCACAGUGAUCGCUCUUGUUGCUGUAAGCGACAGAGACACGGGAGAUAACGGUAAAGUUAAUCUUACAAUAAAUAAGAACCUACCAUUUACUUUGAACAAAUCCUCAGAUUAUCACUAUGAACUAGUGGUCUCAGAAAAUUUAGAUCGUGAAAUAAUUCCAGAAUAUGAGAUCACUUUACAAGUGACAGAUGGCGGAAAUCCUCCAUUGUCUGAUAAUGAAACUAUAACCGUGCACUUAUUAGACAUAAAUGAUAAUGCUCCCCAGUUCCCACUGACUUUCUAUAGUAUAACUGUUAUGGAGAAUAACGCGCCUGGGGCAUUGCUAAGUUCCUUAACUGCCAAUGAUCCAGACCUCCAUGAAAAUCAAUAUCUAGUUUAUUUCAUAAUAGAAAAGGAAAUAGUGAACACCUCCAUGUCCAUGCUGUUCUCCAUCAAUCCAGAGAAUGGAAACCUUUACGCAUUAAAGACGUUUGAUUAUGAGAUAGAGAAGGAGUUCCUUUUCCACAUCGAGGCCAGAGACUCUGGUGUUCCUCCACUCAGCAGUAACGUUACUGUUCACAUUAUUAUUAUGGACCAGAAUGACAACACACCUGCCAUAGUGUCUCCAUGGCGUGCGCACGGAUCAGUGGUGGAGGAGAAAAUACCCAGAUCCACCGAUAAAGGAACUCUGAUAGCCAAAGUUAUUGCUAUUGAUACCGACUCAGUCCACAACUCCAGGAUCACAUACCAGUUUCUGCAGAACACUGACGCUACAUUAUUCAGCUUGGACCAGUACAAUGGAGAGAUCCGGACCAUGAGAAUGUUCAGCUACAGAGACUCACGCCACCAACGGCUGGUGGUGAUCGCCAAGGACAAUGGAGAGCCCUCUCUGUCUGCUACAGUCACCAUCAAAUUGUCCACAGUGGAGACCGCACUUAAAACAUAUGCUGACAUGACUGAAGUGCCUUUAGAAUAUGACAUCUUCUCAGACUUGAACCUGUAUCUGGUGAUCGGACUGGGCUCGGUGUCAUUCCUGUUACUAAUCACUAUAUUGGUCACCAUCGUACUGAAGUGUCAGAAACCGAAGCCCAGUAAAGCGGCUCCUCCGUGUAGGAACAGUGUGAUCAGUGAGAGGAACUCUACCAUCGCAGAUUCCACCCUGGUCUCCAAUGAUGCCUACUGGUACAGCUUGUUUCUAGCAGAGACCAGGAAAGGAAAGCUAGUAGUUAGACAGCCAGUGCCAAAGGGGGCGCGAUACAUUGUGUCCAGUAUACCGAGGAGCACGGGACUGACCGAGACUAGUGACUCAGCCGCAUCUACUUUACAGGUAAGAUAG